AUGACGACCCUUAGAACACCGUCUCACCCACAACUCCUUCUAGGUCUGGGAGUCCUUUCGGGCUUCUUCGGGAUUAGAGCCUCGCUUCGCGUUACUGCUGCUCGGCCUGGAACUGUCAACUUCGAACUUGAUGUCCAGAAACAUCACACUAACCGCUUAAACAUCCUUCAUGGAGGCACGAUUGCCAGCAUGGUCGACCUGGGCGGGUCCUUGGCCGUAGCGUCUCGUGGAUUGUUUGCAACUGGCGUAUCAACUGAUCUCAAUGUUACCUACCUGAACUCAGGAGGCAAAAUUGGUGACAGAAUCUUGGCUGAGGUGACUUGCGACAAGUUCGGCAAAACUCUCGCAUUCACAAACAUCCAGUUCACUAACCCCAAGGGUGAUGUUGUUGCUCGAGGCAGCCACACCAAAUAUGUCACUUUGGCUUGGAGAGACCCGCAGAACAUUGUGGAAGAGAUCAAUAAACUUAAGUAA